UUGAAGUAAUGGUCAAAAUUUUCAAUAUAUUAAUUAUAAUUUUACUCCUAGUUUAUAAUUCUAAUUCGUGUUCAGACAAAAUUAAUGACAUUCACAUUUUGUUAACAAAUAUACAAGAUGCAGGAAGUUUAAUGGAAACGAGUUUAAGAGCUCAAUACAAUACAUUCCUUGGUGAAAAAUUAAAAAGUAUUGGAACUUUAUUAGGAAGUCUCAAAACUUUACAAAAUGAGUUGCCAACAGAUUUAUGUAAAUAUCAAUCUAUAGAUGUUGGCUCAAAUAUAAUUCAUGCAAUGAAUAAUUUCAUUGAUAUUGUCAGGAAAAACGUAUUAUAUUCAGUGAAAUCAUCUUUAGAAGACGCAAAAAUUGAUCAUUCAAAUAUUCUGUAUGACUUCAUUAUGUACGUUUACGAUUUCAUAGAUAAAGUUGGAGUUGGUUCUAAAAAUCUUUUUAAUGAUGGUAAGGGCUGUGUUAUGGAUCUAGAAGGAGAAAUAAAGUCAUUUAUAGAUCUAAGUUCAAAAAAGUUUAUGGAAUGUCUUAAAAAUGUUUCUUUGUCAAGUCCUAUACAACCUGUUAAAUUCAAAGCUUAUCAAGAUAAUCUCACUUUGACAGUGAAAACGAUCAGCUAUAAACUAAAAGAGCCAUUUUGGUAUAUUUGGGUAUAUUCAACAACGGUGCAAACGGACUUAGCUGCUGAAAAAUUUAAUUCAUACUGUCAAAGUCUUUUUCCAACUAUUUUGGAUAUUGGAAAACAAAUAUCGCAAAUUGGUCUUGAUAUUGUGAAUGCAGUAGAUGCAAAUAAUAAUGCAUUUAAGACAUGCUUUAAUCGAGUGAAUGCAACACUAAUUGAUGUUAAGAAACAUGAGUUACAAAAUAAAGUCAAUGAUAUUUGCAGCAAGGCAUAACUCUGCAAUAUUCUGCACACUUGACAAAAAAUCUUCAACUUCCGGUUAAAAUUUGACUAAUUAUUAAAUUGUGUUAAAUAACGAAUUAAAAUAAAACAAAUUUAAAUGUACAGUAAUAAAAAAAAAAUAAUAUUUUAUUAACGAAUUAAUUAUUACUAUUAUUACAAAGUGUAUGUUUUUCUUUUAUACAAGUAGCUAUUAAAACUUAAUAAUGGAUUUGGAAUUCAUUAAUGAUGCGCUA